GAGAGAGAGAGAAAUUUGACGUCGGUCUUACGUGGUGUUUUUUAAGGAAUUUGAAUUCGGUGUUUAUGUGUUGUUUUGAGAACGCUGAAAUCGUCGUUUUUUUCUGUUACCUUGACACUUUGAAUUCUGUGUUACGCCUUACCUUGAGAAUUGUGACUCUUUAACCAACCGUUUUACUUUGAAAAAUUUGACUUUGAAAAUUUUGACUGGAAUUUAACGUUGCACUAAAGGCUUUCAAAACUUUUGAUAAUCAAUAAGGAUAAUUGAUAAACUUUUGAAAACCCCGACGUGAUAAUUACAAAAAGUGAGAGACAGCCGGGAAUAUGGGGUGAAGACAGGCCUAUAUAAAAUAAAGGAAACCCAUUUUGGUGACAAGAAGUGUUACUCGACUGCAAAAAGGAAGAUGGUUGCUGGCCGGCCAUUCUGCAACGAGAAAUGACGACAAUCGAGGAAUUCUGAGUGUCUGAGGACUUCUCUCCCCCGGUGACCUGACAAAGGCGAUUCACCUUGAAGAUUCUCCUUAAGAAAGUGGUUUCUUAAGCAACAUGACCAUCACUUACACGCAUAAGGUGUCCGACUGUAAGGGUUUCGGAUCCUUUUGGAGGCUUCUGUUCAGAUGGAAAGGCAGCCUCUAUAAACUGGUUUGGCCCGAUACCCUAGUUUACUGUUUUUUGUACUUCAUUUGUUCCAUGGUGUACAGGUUUGCCCUGGACGAUGAACAGAGAAGGAUCUUCGAACACCUAUCCCUCUACUGCGACUACUUCAGGAACCUCAUCCCAAUUUCCUUCGUGCUGGGCUUCUACGUGAGCGUCGUGGUCCAGCGGUGGUGGGAGCAGUACCUCUCGAUCCCUUGGCCAGACAACUUCGCUCUCUUUUGCUCCUCUUACAUAAGUGGAACAGACGGACCGCCACGUCUCAUAAGGUCGACAAUGCUAAGAUACGUGAACCUAAACUGCGCUCUCAUCUUCGCCAAAAUUUCCCCGAAAGUCAAGAAGAAAUUUCCAUCUUACAAGGAUCUAAAAGAAUUUGGGUACAUGACCUCCAACGAAAUGAGGAUUCUGGAGGCCCAAGGAUCGAAGUCCCGAGUCCCCGUGGUGUUCCUGCCUCUCCUGUGGGCGUGUAAGCUGGUAGAGCGGGCGAGGGCGGCGGGUUACAUCAAGGACGACUUCGGCGUGAAACUCCUGCUGGAGGAACUGGGUAGUCUCAGGAACAAGAGUGGGAUGCUGCUACGCUGGACGGAGAUAAGCAUCCCUCUCGUGUACACGCAGGUGGUGACUAUGGCUGUGUAUUCGUUCUUCUUCUUCUCCGUGUUGGGCCGCCAGUUCCUCGACCCGGCGCAGAACUACAACAACCGCACCAUUGAUUUCUUCGUCCCCGUCUUCACUCUGUUGCAAUUUUUCUUCUAUAUGGGCUGGUUGAAAGUUGCCGAGUCGCUGGUCAACCCGUUCGGAGAGGAUGACGACGACUUCGAAAUGGACAAGAUACUCGAUCGCCAUCUUGAGAUGUCUUACCUCCUCGGCAACAUCACAACGCUAGAAGACCCGACAGACCAGGAGGACAUGUGCUGGGACAAGACCUUCUCCCAGCACCUGGACGACGGCGACCUCGGCCUCUUCAGCACCCCGACGCGCCCUCCGAGACCCUCCUUUGCCAAGAAGGAACAGCUGAUCAAGAAGGCGUCGUCGGGAAGUCAGACGGACGUCCCCAGCAGACAGCAGAACAUCCUCAGCAGACAGCACUUGACCCUCGACAUCCAGCCGGAGUCGCCGAAGAGUGGGACGUCUUCGCAGCAGCGGGGACGACGUCUGAGCCGAGGUCAACCUAUCAUCAAGGAGGACCUUCUGUCUGACGAAGGGGAAGACGCGGCGAGCGAGGGACUGGCACAUACGCCGACGUCGCAGAAUACGAAUCCUUUCGACUUCAUGUGGGAGGAACUGGAUGCGAGUCCUACUAGUGAUAUUCUGUGUCCUAGUAGACCUGUGAAGCAAUCCUCGUCGCUGCCUCCAGGAUUCGACAACAGGCCGCCCCCGAGAACGCCCGAGACCGCAUCCGACCCGAAGACCGAAGCCCAAGGACACAUCAACCGAGGCUUCGAACCGACCAACCCCAGGACCCCCCCGACGACCUUCAGGAACCACGUCGAGGGCGUCACCAACCCGAGGUAUUCUCCCGAAGUGCCGUCCACGUACCCUCCCGAAGGCCCUGCGACCGAUGCCCACCUUCAGGCCGGUGCCCAGCGACUCCACGCUCCCGGAGGAGGUCAUAUCGGCGCCCUCAGGAAGGUCCCGAGCAGUCCUUCCAGCCUGGCGCAGAGGCAAAAAUGAGCACUGAAGUUGCAAAGGAAGUUUCUCCUCUUGCCUUUGAAGUUACGUGACUCCUCUCGGCGCCCACCACCACGCCCACCACCACGCCCACCAGAGACGCUCACCACUACACCCCUCUAGUCAAGAUGUAUCUCCUUGUCUUACAAGAAGGAUCUGUAUAAGUGUGUGGUUCAUUGCCACUCUCACACACUUUACACAAUAGGCCUAUUUAGGUAUUACAGGCCUACAUUUUCUUUUAUCUCUAAGCCCGAGAUAGGAUCUUAUCACAGUCACUAAAAGUGUACUGAUACUGAUGUAUAUUUAAGUCUCUAUAAUUGAUAGAGCCUAUGUAUCACAGUUACAGAAUGUAGCAGUAUUUUAAGGUUGACAAAAAAACGACUAAGUCAAAUUCUAUGUGAAAUUUAUACGUAAAUUUGCGUUCUCUUGUUACGUUCUUGUCUCGGAAAUUCAUCAAGAAAAAAAAAAAUCGGUUUAUAGACAAUUAUAUGUAUUUACUUGUGAUUUCUGAUGUUGAUCCAAAUGUAAACAGUGUACGACAUAUUACCGUUAUGUUUUGAUUGUUAUUAUGAUGCCAAUUAUAGGGAAUUUAUAACAAGUUUAACUGUUUGCACGAUGUUAUAUAUAGGUCUAUACUAUAAAGUCUU